GACGAAAUGCUUACAGAGCUCUCAAAAGCCAAAUUCAUGUGUAACUGCAACUCUGCCUCUGUCUCUCUCUACUUUCUCGCUCCUACUAAAUCAGAAAUAAAAGGGAAUAAAGAGAAGAAAACUGAAUUGAAAUUGGGGCAUCCAAGCCAUUGAACUGUUGAAGUGAAGAAGAGCAUCUGCUUUUCGAUCACCCACUUCAUCGCGAAUAUUUCACUUUACAUUUCUCCUGUUUUUUUUCCCUCUUCUUCGAUCAGGUGUCCUUGCACUUUCUUGCUCCUUAUUGUGGGAGGUUCAAGCCCUGUUCAGAGCUAGGGCUUUCGAUUCGGCUGCGAGUUCCUCGGGACUAAGAGAAACUUAGAGUUCUGCAAUGGGGAAGCAUUCGAAGACCAGUUGCAAGUCGGCUUCCCACAAGCUCUUUAAGGAUAAGGCAAAGAACCGGGUCGAUGAUCUGCAAAGCAUAUUUGUAGAUUUGCAAUAUGCAAGGAAAGAGAGCCGCAAUGUUGAUGUGGCAGUGCUCGAGGAACAAGUCCAUCAGAUGCUUCGUGAGUGGAAAGCAGAGCUGAACGAGCCCUCUCCAGCAUCCUCUUUGCAACAAGGUGGAAGCCUUGGGUCAUUUUCAUCGGACAUUUGUCGAUUGCUACAACUUUGCGAGGAGGAUGAUGAUGCAUCUAGUCCAUUAGCUGCUCCUAAACCAGAACCCAAUGAACAAAAUCUGCAGGGUGGAGAUACUAUGGCAGUUCAAGAGGGAUUUAACGUGAACCGUGUACACCAAGAACCAAGCUUCCCUCUAGUUGAUCAGUGCAAGAACUCCCCUUCAGGAGUUCAUGGUUUGGCUAUGAAUAACUUGGAAGGAGCCACAUAUUUGGAGUGUCAUCAGCUUGAUUUACAUCAAGGCAGUGAACACAACUUUUACUCAUUCCUUAAUGGUAGAGGUUUGUGUGGGGCGAGUGAAAUUCCUCAUGUUUCCAGCUACUGUCCCAGCAUAUGUCCUCCUCCUGCUGCUUUCUUAGGCCCUAAAUGUGCGCUUUGGGAUUGCCCACGACCUGCCCAAGGGUUGGAUUGGUGUGAGGAUUACUGCAGCAGUUUUCAUGCUGCCUUAGCAUUGAAUGAAGGCCCUCCUGGAAUGGGUCCAGUUUUACGACCUGGUGGCAUUGGUCUGAAGGAUGGUUUGCUUUUUGCUGCUCUUAGUACGAAGGCACAAGGAAAAGAUGUUGGUAUCCCUGAAUGUGAGGGAGCUGCCACGGCUAAAUCCCCAUGGAAUGCUCCUGAGCUAUUUGAUCUGUCAAUAUUGGAGGGUGAGAUGAUUAGGGAGUGGCUUUUCUUUGACAAGCCUCGUAGAGCAUUUGAGAGUGGGAAUAGGAAGCAGAGGUCAUUGCCAGAUUAUAGUGGACGUGGUUGGCAUGAGUCAAGAAAGCAAGUGAUGAAUGAGUUUGGAGGGCUGAAAAGAUCUUAUUACAUGGAUCCUCAGCCGUUGAACCACUUUGAGUGGCAUCUUUAUGAGUAUGAAAUCAAUAAGUAUGAUGCCUGCGCUUUGUAUAGAUUGGAGUUGAAACUCGUUGAUGGGAAAAAAAGUUCCAAGGCAAAGGUAACAAAUGAUUCGGUUGCCGAUUUACAGAGACAAAUGGGGAGACUGGCUGCUGAGUUUCCUGAUAAUAAACGCUUUAUGAAGGGGAGGACCAAAAUUAACACAAAAGUUGGUGUUGGAAAUGUUUACUCAUCAGCAAAUAGAGUCAUGCCACCCAAUGGAACAUAUGACUAUAUGCUUCAUGCACAAUAUGAUUACCUUGUGGAGAAUUUGAGCGAAUAUUACCCUACGUAGUUAAGAAGCUCAGUUGUUGAAUGAGUUGCAUGCCUGAUGAUAUCCAUCUAAACAUGAUGGGUUUGAGUUUACGAUUCAUUCUUCCAGAAUUCGGUACUUCUUUUUGGCCUCAAAUAACCUAAAUAAUUUUUUUCCUUUUCUUUCUUCUCUCAUGGUAUACUAUCUGAUGCUCAUCUCAUGGGAGCUGCAACGGAUGCACCCUUCAGGAUGGAGCUUCAAACCUCUGGAUAACGGUAAAGCUGGUUGUUUCCCUAAUAUUUUGGGUUACAAUUUGCAAUUGAUAUAUUCUAGAAGGACAUUAGUGGCUGUAACCCAGCAGAGACUAACCAGUGAUGUAUAUUAUUUUUGCUGGUGUUAUAAACUCCGUUGAUGGUUUAGGUCGUCUGGAUUUCGAUAAAAUGUAAUCCGCCUACAUUUUGUUUCGUUAUGUACGUGGAUAAUCCUAGUUUUUAUUCUACUUGAUGUCAAUGUCAACUUACACAUCUUGAGUAAUCUUUUCAGUCCUCUCUCAAGACAUUGAAAUGCAGAUUGCUCGAAGGUUACCUUGUUAACCAUUAUCUGAAACGUAGAUUUACC